AUGGAUGACAGAAAUGGGCAAAUCUUCCGCACCAAAGAUACGCACAAAAGCUUGGAUGUGAUCUGUGGCAAAGAGCACAUGACUGUUAGGGCUGAGUUCAGCGCUCCCUUCCAGGGGAUCAUAUCAUCGAAGGGCACGUAUGGUCAGGACAACUGUGUCUACAUUAAGCCCUUCUCGAGUAUAACUCACGCCACCUUCAAUGUGAAGUACGAUCAGUGCGGUACUAAACCAGACCUCCAGGGAAAGUACUACGAAAAUACCAUUGUCAUACAGUAUGGCACUGACAUCAUAGAGGCCUGGGAUGAGGCUAAACGACUCAGAUGUGAAUGGUUUGAAGCCUAUGAAAAGCCGGCAACUUUUCGACCGGCCAUUCCUGUGGCAGAUCUGGAUGUGAUUGAGAUGAACUUCCAGGGCGACGAAAUAGACUGCUGGAUGUCUAUCCAAGAGGGGAAAGGUCCCUGGGCCAGGGAGGUGUCACGCAUUGUAGCCGUCGGCCAACCGAUGACUAUUGUGAUCGCAAUCAACGACUUUAAGAAUCAGUUUGAUAUGAGAGUGAAGUCGUGCUUCGCUCACGACGGCGUUAAACCUGCCAUUCAUUUGACUGAUGAAUACGGAUGUGUCUUACGGCCCAAAAUGCUGUCCCCUUUCAAGAAGAUUCGCGACUCCAAAGGGAAGGCAACUCUGAUAUCUUACGCACAAUUCUUAGCUUUCAAGUUCCCGGACAGUAUGGAUGUCCAAAUUCAGUGCACUGUAGAAGUCUGUAGACAUGGAUGUGCCGAUGCCUGCCAAGUGGGUGGACCUCACCAAUCAAAUAAUCCUUCAAUGCAGGUAUCAGCGGAUAUUCAUCACGCAAUACCCGAGCAAAAAGCGCCCGAACAUGACACCCACCCCUCAUUUAAACCCGAGGAUGAGCCGCAGCCUGUGUUCCAAGAUAUAGGCGCUUCAAACGCAGCCCCGAUGUCUCUGAUGACAAUGAGUAGUGAUGUGAACGCAUAUAAUAUGAAAAACAAUGAACAGAUGCACAGCUCGGAAGAGACAACUCAUGAAUCCCAUGAUGACUAUCCGGCACUUCCGUCGAACCAAAACUUUGAUAUCCAGGCCUUUGGAGAUCAUAUGUCUCAACAUGAGAGUGAAAAUAAGCCCACAUUUCAAGUGCCAGACCUUCACAUUCGUGACAAGGAUUUGAAUUUUAACCAAAAGUUUAAACUUCCAAACCUUUCUGACCUGAAAAUCGGUAAUUUAAAACCUGAAGACUUGAAUAUCGCCAACAAAUUGCUUUCAAGUCACGGUUUAAACAAAGGAAAUCUGGACUUAAGUAAUUUAGCGGCAACUUUCGCACAGGGAUUACAGCACAAAGAUAUCAUGUCUUUGAUUCAAACAAAUAACAUGAAAGACUUGGUCUCAAAGUUCACGAAUCGGGUCGAAGAACAGCCGAUCGCUGAAGCGCUUCAAUCGGUUAAUGAGAAACAUUUGAGUCGAGAAACAAACCAAAGCAUUGCGACGACUGAACAAUCGCUAACCAAUCCAUACAAUACCGAACCCACACCUCCCACACAGUCGACUACUAAUCUCUUUUACAACAAUGGGUUACCCGAACCCGAGCCGCCACUGAACGCACCCAUAGUUCCUCAUCCCUACAAUCGGUUUCCGUUUAAUAUUUAUAAUCAGUUUAAUAAGAAAAUUGCAAUCAAUUUGGAGAAACCACUGCCACACUCAGCACCUGUAGCCCAGAUUCUGGACAUUCCACUUCAGCCGGGAAUGCCAUUCCUACAAAUACCAGCAAAUGAAUUACACAAACAUCAAAUAAUUAGCGCCCAAAAGCCUUUAGCCCAUAAUCCGCAUCAAAUUCAUCCAAACAUUUUAAAGCAAGCACUUCAUCACCCGUCACAUCCUUUCCCACCAUUGAUUCCGAACAAUCAAAUUAUCAUGAAUUUGAUGGACAAAAGAAAAGAUUCUAUAAUAAACCCGAGGAAUAAAGGGAACGGUGGCCCACAAUCACAGUUCCCAUUCGGGCCGCGAUCUCUUCGGUUGCGGCGAUCCGUUGAUCCGAUGGCUAAUGAGAUCGGUGUGAAGAAGGGCUUCCAAGUGGUCACAUCAGUCGACUUGGCCUUCUUCCCCAACUUCACCACUGAUUCGGCGCCUAUUUAUUCGGGUCGAAGAGAUAAUAUAGUUUAUGGGGUGUGUCUGCCGGCCGCACAUUUGGCCACAGAUCUAUUAAAACUAUCGAUCACUCAAUAA